AAUCCAAAAAAAAAUAAACUUAUAUAUAUAUAUAUAUACAUAUAUAUAUAUAUUUUAUAAUGUUCAAAUAGUUUAUGUUUAAUUGAACAUCAUAAUCAAACAAAAUAAUUAUACUAUUAUCGGCAUAAUUUUAAUAAUUCUAAACGAAAUUUUUGUUUUAAAUUUUGUUUCCGAAUAUCACAGAGAACAAUGAAAGGUUUUCAUUGGACGAAGAAAAUUAUCGAAAUUUGCGGAAUACAAAAUCCAAUUCUAAUCUAAUUUAACGAAUCUUAUUAACGAAAUAUAUUCAACGAUUAAUAAAACUAAAAAUCGAAUUAAUUUCAUUCCAUAUCUAUUAUUUCAAUCUAACGAUUAUCGAUUAAUUCCAGAUUUAAACAAAAUCAAGAAGAGAUUUUCUUCUUCGCCAAAAAGAAAAUAAAAAAAGAAAAAAUAUAAUAACAAUGAUAACAAUAGUUUCGUCAAAAAAUACAUUUUUCAAAUAUGAAAACCAAUAUCUGAAUAACAAUUAUCAAUAACGUAAUAUUAAUUUCGUUUUGCAUCGAAUGGAAAAAAAAAAUACAUAUAUACUUACAGGGGAUAAUUAUUAUUUAUAACAAAAUAUAUAAACAAAUGUAAUCUGUAUACGAUGAAAACAAAAAAAAAUCGUUUAAACAUUCCAGGAGAACAUUGAUAAGAACAACAUUUAAACUUUUCUGAAUAACUUCGUUUCUAAUUUUUCUAAUUUUGUUAUUAUUAUAACUUAUUCUCGCGUUAUGAAAAAAAUUAGCGGAUAAAAUUGAAAUUGGAUGUGAAGAGAAAAAAAAAAAGAAAUACCCCAUAUCAUUUUCCCUGACCUUUCCACCCACCUCCCCACAACGCUAUCACUCUCUCUCUCUCUCUCUCACGCCCUUUCUAUUUAUCCUCUUUAUUAUCUUACUGGACCAAAAUUAUUUUUUACUUCAAUAUGAUAAAAAUAGAUAUCGAAUAAGACUACGUCUUUACUUAUCGCAAAAAUAUAAAAUACAAAAACCCAAUAAUUAUGGCACAUAUGAAUAAUAUCGAACAGUAGAGAGCAAAAUUGCGACGCGAGAAGAUCAUUUCAUAAAUUUGCUCGAAAUACAGUGCGCAUGAACAUUGAAAUACAGAUUUUUAAACAUUGGUCUUCUUUCGAUUUCAUUCGGGACACAGUGUAUAAUUGAUUAGAAAUAAAACAAAAAAAAAAGAAUCAUGAGUUUGUUAAUGCUCGUACUCGCAUUAUGCGGAAUAUUGACCUUGUAUAUUUAUUGCCGUAAAAUAUACAGUUAUUGGAAUAGACAAGGUAUACCAGAGGUACCAUAUCCCUUACCAAUCAUUGGUCACCUGUUACCAUUAUUAUUAUUGCAAAAAAGUAUCCCGCAAAUGGUAAUGAAUUGGUAUGAUCGUUACAAAAACAAAAGUAUGGUUGGUUAUUACGAUGGUACGGUACCGGGAUUAUUGAUAAGAGAUCCUGAAUUGAUUAAGAUGAUACUGCAAACGAAUUUCACGAAUUUCCAUGAAAACGCAAUGAAGGUCGACAAACAUAUAGAUCCAUUGAUCGCCAAGAAUCCAUUUUUUUUAGAAAAAGAAGAAUGGUUGAUCAAUAGGAAACGAUUAACCUAUGCGUUUUCGAGUAUGCGAUUGAAAAUAUUAUCAGAGACCAUACGUAAAGUUUGUAAGAAGUUCGAUGAUUAUUUGUAUAAAAAGAUCCAAAAUGAUCAAAGGAUCGAAUUCGAGACAAAAGAUCUAUUCAGUAGAUUUACUGGUGAAGUUGUCGCCAAUGCAGGAUACGGCAUUGAAGGUUUUUGUUUCGAUGAUAAUUAUAAUCCACAAUCGUUCCAUGAGAUGGGUAAGAAGCUAUUCAGGACAGGUUGGCUUCAAAGUGCUUUGCAAUCAUUAAUAUUUUUCGUUCCAUUUCUAAAUAAUUAUUUAAAAAUACGAUUAAUACCGAAGGACAUUGAUCAUUACUUUCGAACGAUGGUUAAACAGAUAAUAGAGCAGAGACGUGAAGAAAAAGAAAAGCGAAAUGAUUUUUUUCAAUUAAUGAUCGAUCUUGCAAAAAGUAAUCAUCAAAAGUUCGACGAGGAAUCAUUGUCGGCAAAUGCAUUAACGUUCUUCGUCGAUGGUUACGAAACAUCAUCGAUUACAUUGAGCUUCAUUUGUUUCGAAUUAUCAAUACAUUGCAACAUACAAGAGAAACUUAGGAAAGAGAUCAAACAAGUAUUGGAUAAACAUCAAGGAGAGAUUACUUAUGAUUCUUUGAAAGAGAUGACGUAUCUGGAUCAAGUGAUUAACGAAUCGCAAAGAUUGAAUACGGUGUUGGAUGUAAUGGGCAAAAUGUGUACCGAUGGUAUUCAAAUGAAAGGUAACGAUGGUUUAACAUGUACAGUCGAACCAGGAACAAAAAUGAUUAUACCAGUUCGUGCGUUACAAAGAGAUCCUAAAUAUUGGAUCAAUCCGGAAGCAUUUGAUCCAGAUCGAUGGAACGAACAAAGGAAAUCUGAAAUUAAUAAAUAUUGCUUUUUACCGUUCGGUGAAGGACCAAGAAUUUGUGUUGGUCUUAGAAUGGCAUUGUUACAGAUCAAAGCCGCCAUUGCGAUCCUAUUAAUGAAAUAUAAAAUAGAAAGAAAUUCAAGAACCUGUUAUCCAGUUAAAAUCGAUAAUUUUGGUAUAUUGUCGACAUCGAUCGACGGUCUUUGGGUUUAUCUGAGACGUCUUAUGAAAUUUACAAUCCUGACGCAACCAGAACACAAUCGACAUACAAACGGGACACAAUCAGGAUACAGAGUCCAGAUGCAACCUGAAUGCAAGCAGGACACAAUUCAGAUGCAACCAGAAUCCAUUCAGGGCACAGUCCAGAUGCAACCAGGAUGCAACCAAAAUAAAACAAAAAAAAAAAGAAUCAUGAGUUUGUUAAUGCUCGUACUCGCAUUAUGCGGAAUAUUGACAUUGUAUAUUUAUUGCCGCAAAAUAUAUAGUUAUUGGAAUAGACAAGGUAUACCAGAGGUACCAUAUUCCUUACCAAUCAUUGGUCAUUUGUUACCAUUAUUAUUAAUGCAAAAAAGUAUCCCGCAAAUGGUAAUGAAUUGGUAUGAUCGUUACAAAAACAACAGUAUGGUUGGUUAUUACGAUGGUACGGUACCGGGAUUAUUGAUAAGGGAUCCUGAAUUGAUUAAGAUGGUACUGCAAACGAAUUUCAAAAAUUUCCAUGAAAACGCAUUGAAGGUCGACAAAGAUGUAGAUCCAUUGGUUGCCAAGAAUCCAUUUUUUUCAAAAGGAGACGAAUGGUUGAUUAGUAGAAAAAGAUUAACUUAUGCGUUUUCGAGUAUGCGAUUGAAAAUAUUAUCAGAGACCGUACGUAAAGUUUGUAAGAAGUUCGACGAUUAUUUGUAUAAAAAGAUCCAAGAUGAUCAAAGGAUCGAAUUCGAGACAAAAGAUCUAUUCAGUAGAUUUACUGGUGAAGUUGUCGCCAAUGCAGGAUACGGCAUUGAAGGUUUUUGUUUCGAUGAUAAUUAUAAUCCACAAUCGUUCCAUGAGAUGGGUAAGAAGAUAUUCAGGAUAGGUUGGCUUCAAAGUGCUUUGCAAUCAAUAAUGUUUUUCCUUCCGUUUCUAAAUAAUUAUUUAAAAAUACAAUUAAUACCGAAGGACAUUGAUCAUUACUUUCGAACGAUCGUUAAACAGAUAAUAGAGCAGAGACGUGAAGAGAAAGAAAAGCGUAAUGAUUUUUUUCAAUUAAUGGUCGAUCUUGAAAAAAGUGAGGGUCAAAAGUUCGACGAGGAAUCAUUAUCGGCACAUGCAUUAUCAUUCUUCGUCGAUGGUUAUGAAACAUCAUCGGCUACCUUGAGCUUCAUUUGUUUUGAAUUAUCGAUACAUUGCAACAUACAAGAGAAACUUAGGAAAGAGAUCAAACAAGUAUUGGAUAAACAUCAAGGAGAGAUUACUUAUGAUUCCUUGAAAGAGAUGACGUAUCUGGAUCAAGUGAUUAACGAAUCGCAAAGAUUGAAUACGUUGUUGGAUACAAUGGGCAAAAUGUGCACCGAUGGUAUUCAAAUGAAAGGUAACGAUGGUUUAACAUGUACAGUCGAACCAGGAACAAAAAUGAUUAUACCAGUUCGUGCGUUACAAAGAGAUCCUAAAUAUUGGAUCAAUCCGGAAGCAUUUGAUCCAGAUCGAUGGAACGAACAAAGGAAAUCUGAAAUUAAUAAAUAUUGCUUUUUACCGUUCGGUGAAGGACCAAGAAUUUGUGUUGGUCUUAGAAUGGCAUUGUUACAGAUCAAAGCCGCCAUUGCGAUCCUAUUAAUGAAAUAUAAAAUAGAAAGAAAUUCAAGAACCUGUUAUCCAGUUAAAAUCGAUAAGUUUGGUAUAUUGUCGACACCGAUUGACGGUCUUUGGGUUUAUCUGAGACGUCUUUAAAAAAAAAAAAAAAAAUGAAAGAAAAGAAAUUAUCUUCUUUUUUUUUAUUUUUUACUUAAUAUUGCUGAAUGACGUUUAUGAUGACUAGACGAAGAUAAUUAUUCUUAUCUGUGGAAUACAAAAUAUAAUUCUUGCAAUUCAUUUCUAUCCGAAUGAAAAAUUUAUUCUUAAUUCAUUUCUUGUAACUCUUUUACAUACUCAUUCUAUUAUUGAUAAAUUAUAAAUAAAAAAGAAAAAAGAAAAAAAAG